UUCUCUUCCAUUCACAACUCACAGAUUCUAUCUUCCAAUCGAGUUCCUUUUGAUAUUCAUUCGAAGUGUAGAGUGCAAUACAUUGAUCUUCACAUACAAUGGCUUCACCACAGGAUGACAAGAACCCUGGAGUCAUGGGAAACAUAUUUAAAGCGGUUACUGACACUUUCGGCGGUGCCAAAGACGCUGUUACCGGAAAAAGUCAGGAAACCACCGAGAAGGCGCCGGUGGAGUCCAUCGCUGAAAAAGCAAAAGAAGCCAAGGAUACAACAACGUUGAAAGCUGGAGAGUUCAAGGACUACACUACACAGGUUGCAAGAGAAACCGCUGACGUUGCUAACCACAAAGCGAAGGAAGCCCAGGACUUGGCUGCUGAGAAAACAAAAGAAAGCAGUGAUGCAACUGCUCAGAAGGCCACAGAAACAAAAGAUUUUAUUGCUGAGAAGGCCGUUGCUUCAAAAGAUUUUACGACUGAGAAGGCAAAAGAAGGGCAAAAUUCCGCUGUUGAAACUGCAGUGGCUGCAAAGGAUUUCACUGUCGAGAAGGCCAUCGCAGCAAAAGAUUUUGCGACUGAGAAGGCAAAAGAAGCGCAUGAUGCAACAAUUGGCAAGAGCGAGUAAAAAGAUUGAAGUGAUUUUAUAAAUAAAUAUGUAUUUGUGCUUAUCAUAUGUAUUUUUACAUACUAUUUGAUGUAUUGAAUUUAUGCAUUUAAAACCA